AUGUCAGUCUCUUCUGCUGUUGGUACAUUUGUUGUGUGGGACUAUGCGGUCUUUGCAGGAAUGCUGCUCAUUUCAGCUGCUAUUGGAAUAUACUAUGCUAUAGCAGAUGGCGGACAGAAGACCUCUAAGGAUUUCCUGAUGGGAGGCAGAGGUAUGACUGCAGUCCCGGUGGCUCUGUCCCUGACUGCCAGCUUCAUGUCUGCUGUAACAGUACUUGGCACACCAUCUGAGGUUUAUAGGUUUGGGGCAAUGUUUGGUGUCUUUGCCAUUACAUACACCUGUGUGGUGAUCAUCAGCGCAGAGAUUUUUCUUCCUGUCUUCUACAGAUUAGGAAUCACCAGUACUUAUGAGUAUUUAGAAAUCCGCUUUAACAAAGCAGUUCGCCUCUGUGGCACAAUAAUGUUUAUUAUUCAAACAAUUUUAUAUACUGGAAUUGUUAUUUAUGCUCCAGCCCUAGCUUUAAACCAAGUUACUGGGUUUCACCUGUGGGGAGCGGUGGUCUCAACUGGGGUCGUUUGUACCUUCUACUGUACUAUGGGAGGCCUGAAGGCUGUGGUGUGGACAGAUGUAUUCCAAGUUGGAGUCAUGGUUGCUGGAUUCACUUCUGUCGUUAUUCGAACUGUGGUGGUUAAAGGUGGAAUCUCUCCCAUUCUGAAUGAUUCUUAUCAUGGAGGAAGGCUGAAUUUCUGGGACUUUGAUCCCAAUCCUUUAAGAAGACAUACGUUUUGGACUAUCGUACUUGGGGGCACCUUUACAUGGACUGGGAUAUAUGGAGUCAACCAAGCACAAGUGCAGAGAUACAUCUCCUGCAAAACCCGCUUCCACGCAAAAAUGUCUCUCUAUGUGAAUCUUCUUGGACUCUGGGCGAUCCUGGCCUGUGCUGUGCUGGCAGGCUUGUGCUUGUACUCGGUGUAUAAGGACUGCGACCCCUGGACUGCACACACCGUGUCAGCCCCAGACCAGCUAAUGCCAUACCUGGUACUGGACCUGCUAAGAGAUUUCCCUGGAGUUCCUGGGCUCUUUGUGGCAUGUGCAUAUAGUGGAACAUUAAGUACUGUUUCCUCCAGUAUCAAUGCCUUGGCUGCUGUAACUGUGGAGGAUCUAAUCAAGCCUUACUUCAAUCUUUCAGAAAGGCAACUAUCUUGGACUUCCAAGGGCAUGAGUUUACUAUAUGGGGUUUUGUGUAUUGCGAUGGCAGCGUUAGCCUCUCUAAUGGGCAGUCUCCUACAGGCAGCACUCAGUAUUUUUGGGAUGAUUGGAGGUCCGCUGUUGGGAUUGUUUGCUUUGGGCAUUCUCUUUCCUUUGGCCAACCCCACAGGAGGACUAGCUGGCCUUGUAUGUGGAUUUGCUGUUUCCCUCUGGGUUGGAAUUGGUUCUCAGGUGUACCCCGCAUUACCUGAGAGUACCAGGCCUCUGCACCUCAGCAUAGCCGGCUGUAACCUCAGCAACCCUGCAGUGGAUUCUAACUGGAUGGCAGUGACAGAAAUCACACCAAUGACAGCCACACUGCUGAACGAAGCAGUUGACAGACCCUACCUGGCUGAUCACUGGUACUCAUUGUCUUACCUCUACUUCAGUACAACUGGAACCCUGGUGGUUCUUGCAGUUGGUCUCAUUGUCAGUCUCUUGACAGGAGGAAGAAAACAGCAUUUGGAGUAUGGAAAAACAUUAGUACAGGAAGAUCUUAUAUUUUACAGUCUUUUCUCUUCUUGUAAAGCCAAUGAUGAAAAACAGGUUGAAAUGUUGAAAUGGAAGCCUUCUCCUACCAAAGUGUCCGGAACAGUCAAUCCUGCCUUCAAUGACAUCGAGUUGGACUUGCCAGAAAAUAAUAUAAAAGUCAAUGGUGUUCAUAUAUAA